GUUUCCACGCGUUCGUCCCGUAGGAAGAAUCUGCGCUCCUCUUCGGCAUCACCACGCGUUUCGUCUCGUUCGACGCUUUUCGCCGCCCGGCGCUCCCGCCGUUUGCCGCUAAUUAAAUCAAUUAACGACCGGUUAUAAUUUGUUUAAAUUGUUGAUUAUACGACACACGAAGAAAUGUGCUGGGGUGACUGUAAACGGUUUGACGCCAGGAAAAUGUUUGUUGGCUAAUUUAGACAUACGAUAAAAAAGGAUUAGUUUGACGUGGAAAAUUGUGUUUUUCAAGUGAGUUUGUUGAUUUUGGUUGAUUGGGAUUUUGCUGCGGAUAAACAUGAGCAGUAUGGAUGCACUUUUUGUUGGUGGCUUUAAAAGACUGGUUCUGUUAAUUGUGUUGACAUAUUUACACGGCUCACAAGGUACCAGGCAUGUGUCAGUUACAAUACCCAUUGCAGCGAAAACAAGAGAUACUGUUAGCCUUCAAUGUAGAUAUGAUCUUGAAGGAGAACCUUUAUACACGCUAAAGUGGUAUAAGGGAGCCAAGGAAUUUUAUAGAUAUAUCCCAAAAGAACUGCCUAGCACUCAGAUUUUUCCUCUCCCAGGGAUUAACGUUGAUACUAUCAAGAGCAAUCCCAACAACUUAGUGUUAACAAAUAUUCAAUCAGAAGUGACUGGUAGAUACAAAUGUGAAGUAUCAUCAGAUGCACCGAAUUUUUAUACUUUUAUGGAAUCUGGAUAUAUGUAUGUUGUAGAUGUGCCCGAAGAUGACCCAACAAUGGUACUGGAAAAAGAUUUAAUGGAAAUUGGACACGUUUUAAAAGGGAAUUGUACAGCACCCCCUUCAUACCCCCCUGCAAAUAUCACCUGGUUUCUUAAUGGCAAGAAAAUAAACGAAAGCAUGAAACGCACUCUACCAGCAGCAGGCCAGACAAAGUUAACACCAUCAACUUCAAAGAGGGUGCCACAAGUAACCUUCUCUGGAAUUGAGGUGGAAGUAGACGAGAGGAGCUUUUAUGGCGGCAAGGCUAGGUUUAUGUGUGAAGUUACCGUUUUCAAUUUGUAUAAAAGGCAGAAAGAAAUAGAAGUUGAAGAAGAUAGGCCUAGACCAAGGCCUUCAUCUGUGCUAGGAAAUAGAGAUACCUCUGCGGGUUCCACUUAUAGGCCUGCAACCGCCAAUUUCAUCAUCUGCCUGUUAUUUGUGCUGCAGGUGUGCCAGCGGUAACAAUUAAAAGGACUGAAUAAUAUUUUUUAUAUAGGCUAAGUUUGUCGUUGCGUAUGUAAAUACUUUUAUAAUAUGUAAAUAGUAUAAAAUCAAAAUUAGUGGUGUGAUAUUCAAUAUAAAUAAUUAUACAUGUUAAAUGGGAAAGUGUAUAGUUAAUAGUAUAUGAAAUACAGUGAUUGUGAUAUGCUGCAUAUGAGAAUUUGGAAAGUUAAUUAAAGCUAUUGAAAGAUA